AUGGGCUCGGUCAGGGAUUUCCGGCCAGUUCUCUUCGUCGUCGGCAUUCUGCUGAUUACGCUCUCGCUCGCGAUGGUGCUGCCCGCCAUCGCCGACGGGGUGACGGCGAACCCGCACUGGCGGGUGUUUCUCGCAGCGAGCGCCUUUACCCUCUUCAUCGGCACCUGCCUGGUGCUCUCCAACAAGAUGCGGGAGCCGCGGCUAACGGUGCGCCAAGCCUUCGUGCUCACCACCGUGAGCUGGAUCGUCGUCGCCGCCUUCGCCGCCCUGCCGUUCGCCUUGUCCGACCUCAACUUGAGUUAUGCCGACGCCUAUUUCGAGGCGAUGUCGGGGCUCACCACGACGGGAUCUACGGUCAUCGUCGGGCUCGACGAGGCACCGCCCGGCAUCCUCUUGUGGCGCGCGCUGCUGCAAUGGCUCGGCGGCAUCGGCAUCAUCGUCACCGCCAUCGCGAUCCUGCCGAUGCUCAGGGUCGGUGGCAUGCAGCUCUUCCACACCGAAUCAUCCGACAGCUCCGAGAAGGUGCUGCCCCGCGCGGCCCAGCUCGCCGGCGCCAUCGGGAUGAUCUACCUCGGGCUCACGAUCAGCAACGGCAUCGCCUACUGGGCCGCCGGCAUGACGCCGUUCGAAGCGGUGUGCCAUUCGAUGACGACCAUCGCCACCGGCGGCUUCUCCACCUCGGACGAUUCGCUCGGCCACUUCAGCAACGAUGCAAUCGAAGGCAUCGCCACCGUCUACAUGGUGCUGGGUUCGCUGCCCUUCGUGCUCUAUCUUCAGGCCGCGCGCGGCGGCUGGGGCGCAUUGGCGCGCGACACGCAGGUGCGCUGGUUCUUCGGGCUGAUCCUGUUCGCCCUGCUUUCGCUCGCGGGCUGGCAGAUGGUGGCCAACGAGGCCGCUGUAACCGACGCCUUCCGCGAGGCUGCCUUCAACGGCAUCUCGAUAUUGACGGGCACCGGCUAUUCCACGGCCGAUUUCUCGGCCUGGGGCACCUUCGCGCUCCCCGUCUUCACGCUCCUCAUGUUCAUCGGCGGCUGCACCGGCGCCACCACGGGCGGCGUGAAGGUCUUCCGAAUCCAGGUCCUGGCAUCGACGUCCCUGCUUCAGAUCCGUCAACUCAUCCAGCCGCACGGCGUCUUCAUCAGCAAGUUCAACCGACGGCCGAUUCCGGAAAGCGUGCCGCCGGCGGUGAUGGGGUUCUUCUUCCUGUUCGUGGUGAGCUUCGGGCUGAUCGCCAUGGGGUUGGCGCUGAUGGGCCUCGACUAUGUGACCAGCAUCAGCGGCGCGGCCACGGCAAUCGCCAACGUCGGCCCCGGCCUCGGCGAGACCAUCGGCCCCUCCGGCACCUUCCAGCCAUUGCCGGAGCCGGCGAAAUGGCUGCUGUCGGCCGCCAUGCUGCUCGGCCGGCUCGAGCUCUUCACGGUGCUGGUGCUGUUCGUCCCCCGCUUCUGGCGGGACUGA